AUGUUUUUGGUCUUGUUGUUGAUGGGCCUGUAGUUGCUUUAGCUGAUAUACUUGCUGUUGUUGCUGCUAGUAUUCUUGCUGUUGUUGCUGAUAGUAUGCUUGCGGUUGUUACUGCUAGUAUGCUUGUGGUUAUUACUGCUAGAAUGCUUGUAGUUGUUGCUGCUAGUGUGCUUGCUGUUGUUGCUGCUAUUGUUCUUACUGUUGUUCUUGUGGUUGUUGCUA